UGGAGAGACAGCUGGGAGCUUCACUCCUCUGAGCCUCUUUUCCCUCUCUUUUCUUCCGGACACUGCCCCCUAGCUGGGGGCGGAUGGGUCUGUCUGUCCAUCAUUAUUGAGGUAGAAAUGUAAGCACCACUCAGCCACUUCCUGCCGUGUAGCCUGGUUUGAACCGAGGCUGUCUCGGAGCCCCAAAUUCCUGCCGUUAGAGUAGCUAGCCUCCUGCCUCACAGACUUGUUACAAGGCUCCAUCAGUAAUAUUCCCCAAACUUCUUUCAGUAGUGAACAUAGCCCCCUUGGCAAAUACCAAACUGUGAUAAGACGUCAUUUCAUUGCAUUAAGCCCAGUUAGUGGGGGCAAAGAAGCAGCAGGGUGUGUAUUUACACUUAAAGGGAAACCGUCUGAGAUGCGCUGCAACAGUAGUGGCGUCCACACCCUAAGCCAUUGCUGUGCACCUGCUGCGGGCAAGCACGCCACCCCUGUGUGCUCAGAUCGGUCUGCAGAGGUCAGCACAAUUACCACCCUAGCGUAUAACGGCAAAGCCCCAGGAGACAAGUUGCUUGCCUCCUGGGUGUUUCCUGGUGAAGACACUCAUAAACAGGCAUGACCUUUUCUUUGGGACCUUGUAGCUUACGACUGUGGGGAAACUGAAUCAGUCGAAUGGGACGUUCAGAUCCGGUGGGUGACUAAGCAGUAGGCUGCCGGAACAGGGUGGGAGGCUGUAGCAGUGGAGAGGCCGGGUGCGUUGGAGGCCACACCUGACUAGGCUUCCCAGCCAGCUGAUGCCCUGAGCUCAUGCACGCCCUCCCAACCCUGGCAGAGGAGGGAGCAGAAGCUGACUACAGAGCGCAGGGUCCCCACCUGAGGUGCCUCGCUCCUCCAUGGCCCAUCCAAAGCCCCCAUUCUCCAAGGUCUCAUUUUCCUCACCUAGAAACGGGCUGAGUCAGCAGCGCUCCCUGUGAGGCAGAACCACUUACACAGGUGUCUGCCACAGUGGGGGUCCGGUUCUGACACCCAUUCCAAGUAGACAGACCCUGGCUCCUCUUCCCGUUCUAAUAGGCCAAGAUCACCUGCCACGGCCAAACAAUAAGCGGCCAGAACCGCAUACGUGGUACUGAGAAGGACAGAUGGGCGUUCCAUGCCCAUAACCCCUCGCCUAAACCCUUGAGAUUGGAAGCAUUAGGGUUCAGAACUUCUGCAAGCCAGUGCGUAAGACAAUUCUCCCAGCGGAGACUCUGUAGCCAGGCACUUGGAUGGGCGUUUCUACAGUGAGACAUCCAUAACCGCACUAGAGGGCUGAGGAAAGGCGCCAGGAGGUCAGGGCAGGCAGGCUGCAGAAGCUACUCACUGCUAGCUUCAGGAAGCAGCGGAUGCCAUUUCAAAGCUUCCACGGUGGGGCUCCAGGAUCGUGGACUUGCUGCUAGAUGCUAGGUCUGGGCUUUGAUGUCUGUCAGAGAUGGUGAGGAUCGGAUCUGUUCCAAGUGCAGAGCAGACAGCCGCCAACCUGUGAGCCCAGGAAGCCUUCUGACUCAGGAGAAGGUUUGCCCUGAGGUGCCCGAAGCUGGAGUCAUGUGUCCCUUUGCAGGUGUCGGCUGUUCCUUCAAGGGGAGCCCGCAAUCCACGCAGGAGCAUGAGGCCACCUCCCAGGCCUCUCACCUGCACCUGCUGCUGGGGCGCCUAAAAGAGUGGAAGUCCUUGCCAGGCUCCAACCUGGACUCCACGCCCACGGCACUGGAGCGGAACCUGUCGGAGCUGCAGCUUCAGGCGUCUGUGGCGGCAGCUGGGGACCUGGAGGUCGACUGUUACCGAGCACCUGGCUGCGAGAGCCAGGAUGAACAGGCCCUGUGGCACCUCCUGAAAGAGAAGCAGUUGGCUCAGCUGGAGGAGAAGCUGCGUGUGUUUGAGAACAUCGUGGCGGUCCUCAACAAGGAGGUAGAGGCGUCCCACCUGGCACUGGCCGCCUCCAUCCACCAGAGCCAGCUGGACCGAGAGCACAUCCUGAGCUUGGAGCAGAGGGUGGUGGAGUUGCAGCAGACCCUGGCCCAAAAAGAUCAGGUCCUGGGCAAGCUUGAGCAGAGCCUGCGGCUCAUGGAGGAGGCCUCCUUUGAUGGCACCUUCCUGUGGAAGAUCACCAAUGUCACCAGACGGUGUCACGAGUCAGUGUGUGGCAGGACUGUCAGCCUCUUCUCUCCAGCUUUCUACACGGCCAAGUAUGGUUAUAAGUUGUGUCUGCGGUUGUACCUGAAUGGGGACGGCUCGGGCAAGAAGACGCACCUGUCCCUGUUCAUCGUGAUCAUGAGAGGAGAGUAUGACGCUCUCCUGCCUUGGCCAUUUCGGAACAAGGUCACCUUUAUGCUCCUUGACCAGAACAAUCGUGAGCACGCCAUUGAUGCCUUCAGGCCUGACUUGAGCUCGGCCUCCUUCCAGCGGCCACAGAGUGAGACCAACGUGGCCAGCGGCUGCCCACUCUUCUUCCCCCUCAGCAAGCUGCAGUCACCCAAGCACGCCUACGUAAAAGACGACACAAUGUUCCUCAAGUGCAUUGUGGACACCAGUGCUUAGGGAUGGGAGGUGUCUCCUGACUGGGGGACUUAGCUAGAUGGGCGUCCAUGCCCUGCCCUUGGAGCCCACAGUCCAAGGCAAGGAUGGGCUGCAGCUGGCAUGACCAGAGUGUGCCACGGCAGCUUGGCGGAGUGGGCGGACUGGAGCUGUGCCUGCAGACACAGAGUGGAGGAGGCAAAAGCGCUUUCUUCACACAGGCCACAAACACCAGAGGCCGGCACACCAGCAGGCCAGCAGGUCCUGAAUGUUGAGACCAACUUAAGACUGGCCUGAGGCACGGAUGUUGAGCCAGGCCUGUGGGGUCUAAGCAGAGGAGUGCUCCCACUAGGAAGGUCUCUGUAGGUCAGUGGAGACUGGAGACAUGUCCAGUCUCUCUGUUCAGACUCAGAACUAAGAACUCAGGGCAGAAGGGUUGGACGCUAGUAUGAAUUUGAGCUGUCCUGGGCUGAGUUCCUGUGUUAACAGAUAAUUCCAGAAGCUAUACCAGGAAGGGCUUGUGGGUUGGAUUUGAAGACCCUUGAUGUUCUUACAGAUGAAACAAACAACAAAGGCCUUGAAUUCCAAGCUUCCUGUCCCUGGUGAGGCUACAGUCACAGAGGAUUCUGGAGAGAUUCCCAGGAUCCUCAUAUCCCCACUCACCUAAACCUAGUAGCCCAGUUUCCCAACAGCCAGGAGCACACCCAGGCCAAGGAAAGAUGUUGCCAUGCCAAUUGGGAGCUGGUGUCCAGCACGCAGCACCUUUGUGACUGCUCACAGAGUGCCCAGCAAAAGGGGACCGCUUCACUGCUAGGGACCACUGUUUCUCCAUCCAUGCAUCUUCCCCCCCUCUUCUUCCCGUCCCCCCUCCCCUCGGUCUCAGGUAGCCCAGACUGGUUUCAAACUCGCUCUAGAGUCAAGCAUGAUGCUGAGUCCUGAUUCUCCUGCCUGUAGCUCCCAAGUGCUGGAAUAUCGGUGUGUGUCCCCUGCCUGAUCCCAUGAGAUGCUGGGGACCAGGGCUUCCUGCACAAUGGACAAGUGCUCUGCUCAGCCACACCCCACACCUUUGAUGGUGCACUUCUGAUGGGAAGAGAUGUCCUCACACAGUGUGAGAGACACUGUGCUUCCAGCAAAGCAUUGUGGGCAGCUGUGUGUAUCAUCUAUGCCUAGACCCUCCCCCGGGGGAAACAGUGAGCCAUGAAACCCACUCUCCUGAAUCUCCUAGUUCGCUGAGAGGAACCAGCAUGAUAGUGGAGCAUUAUCACUAAAAGUAGAAUGAUGGGAAAAGCAUAGACUCCAUUGGACAAAUCAGGGAGGGCUUCACAGAAGAAGUGACCUUUGGACCAGCCUGAAAUGCUUUAAAAUGGAGAAGAUCUGGGUGCGGAGGAGAGAACAGCCUUGGAGGAAUAGGACGUGUCUUGGCUGCAAGCAGGGGCUGGGUAACCAAAGGCUGGAGGAGAAGGCAGAGAAGCUGGACCAGCCAAAACACGGACAGGCCAGCUGGCCAGAACACAGAAAACAUCAAAUGCUGAGCUGCCGUGCACCUGCAGGGCCCUUGGCCUGUUAGCAGAGGAUGAGACAAGGGUUUAAACAGAUCGUUUAUCUCACAGAGAAGUCCUGGGCUUAUCUCUUCCGGGUGAUUCAGGGGUCAGGGAGGCAAGCUGCGGGCAAAUCCUGUUUCCCUGGAUCCUCAGGGCCCCCCCCCCCCGCUGAGGUGAACAGACUUGUGCCCAUUUACAGAUGGGCAUGCCAAGGCCAGAGCAGCUCCCCUCCCUUCCACUAGUUUUCCCUCCAGCCAAGACAAGGUUGCAUUUUUAUCAGUCCUUGGAAGGUGACAGGUCCCUCACUGAGCCUGAGGGCCAACUCUGCAGGACAAUGCCAGCCCCACAGUGGCCAGGAAGCAAGCGGUUGGCUGGGACAAUAUUUGCUCAGAGGCCACAGUGUCAUGUCCACAGAGACCCACAGAGAAUGAUGGGAAGCGGGAACACCUGUGAUUCGCGUCAUUAACCUGUAGGUUCUACGCAGAUGAGAAACACACAUAGAAAAGCUGUAAAAAGUAGUGGCUGGGCAGAAAUAAAAGCUGCCGUGAUCCCAGGAACUGGAGAGCACUGCUGCGAA